AUGAACAGCGUCGACCGCUUGUGCAAGCUAUCAGUUGAUGGCACUCUCGCAAGCCUCGUGCGGACCAUUGAGGUCCAUACGCACUACCUAGUCGAGGCCCCAUUCAGCCAAUUCGUUAGAUCUGGUCCUCUGGCUCGACGACUUGAAGCCCUGGCCCCGCUUGACGCAGCUUUGGAGGCGCUCGAACUUUCUAGCGCAUACAAUGCCGAGUUACACUCUCAAGCCAGUUUCUCAGCUGAAGGGCCCCCGUUGCUCUGGAUUGUGCUAAAGAGAUUCCACCAGCUGCGAGACUUCAUACACGUCAGACCAUCAGCUCGCACAACGACGGGAUCUUACCUGCUUGAUGAUGAUUCGGACCUCCUGAAACGAACGGGUGUCUGUAUGGUGGAUGAGACAAAGCAAUUCCCGCUCAUGAAUUCUGUGUUGCAGAAAAUUCGGCACUUGCGACCAAUGUCAAUCGAUCUAGCAUCGCUCUACUGGUGGGAGUUCUACAACAUCUCGUACAUCCCACAUCUCAAAGAGCUGUUGUCUGGAGUCACCCGCUUCAAGCUGACCUUGCAAGUGGAAAGCUUUGACCGACCUCGUUGCCGCCUCCGCGCAACGAGUCAUUACUGGGCGAACGGCCUGACCAAAUAUCUGCAGCAGCUUCCCCGGCACUUGCUUGCAGUGGAAAAUUUAUGGCUUGGUUUCGACCGCAUGCCCUCGAUGAACAGGGAUGUUGAGCCUGUAUGUGCGUACGCCCUGAGAAGGAUGACUGCGUUGUUCCUGAGGUCCCCAAGACCAGGGGUGGUGUAUUCGAAUCUGAGAAUCCUCACCCUGGAGAACAUGGCAACUACGGCCAAGGAACUGUCUGAAUUCAUCUUCUUACACGCGGACACACUGAGGUCCUUGACCCUUGCGAAUCUGUAUCUCAAAGGAACUCUAGGCGACGCGAAUGCUGGAGUCUUGGCCUCAAUCAUCAGAAUCACAAUGUUCCUGAAUCAGUCUCUCAAGCUGAGCAGUAUGGCUUUCCGCGGCACUUUCCGGGAUCACCUCGGCAUAUCGCUAGUGUGCAAUGCGAAAGGACCGGGAAGCAUACUGCAGCGUGUCCAAGAACAUAUCUGUCACCGUGCGGACUCUCCUCUGAAAGCGCACAAGGUCAAAAGGCACGAGGCGGCAGAGGACCAGGGCCCCGCACGUCUAGACGGGUACUGGUGCCGCACCACCAAGCCUGGGAGCAAUGUCAUGAGGUGCCUGACCAUUGACAUGGAUGAGUCGUGGUAUCUUGAAGAAACAAGCAAUACGACAGGUCAAUGA